AUGAAUCAAUAAUUCAUAAAUUUCCUUGUAUUAUGGAAUUUUAUUCAGAUCAAGAUUCUAUUUGUUAAAGUGAUUUUUAGAUAUUAAUGAUUAGAAUCCCAUAUUAAAUUUUAAACCUGUGUUAAUUAAUUCGAUUAAUGUUUAAGUUUUAAAUUAGAAUUAAAUUCAAAUCGAAUGCUUAUAUCUGGAUAAUGCAAUUGUAAAGAAGGAUAUUUUGAUGAUGGAACACAACUCUAAUGCUAAAGAUGUCAUAUCAAGUGUAAACUUUCCAUAAAUAAAAUGGAUAAUAACUUGUUCAAAUUAGAUAAGAAUCAAUCAACCAAUCUGCAAUAGUAUGAAUGGAUAUUAUGAAGAUAAAUGUAAUAAAAAUUUGAUAAUUAUUCUAUAAUUUGCUUGUUAAAGUAAGCUAUUUUACUUAAAUAAGUCUGUGCUCCUAAAUGUGAUAAAAUAAAUUAUAAAUUCAUACUUCCAAUUGUUUAAUUUGUAAGCCAGAUAGAGUUGGAAAUGAUUGUGAAUGUAUUGAUGGAUAUUGAGAAAUGGAAUCAAUCCUAUGAGAAUGUAUUUCAUGAUUUGAUUUAUUUAGUAUGCGCCUUUACAUGGGCUACUUCUACUUUAGAUUCUAAAAAUUUUAAAACUUUUAUAGAUCAAUUUAUUUUUAUAACAAUAAAGGUGGUAGAAUCUAAUUACCUUAAAGUAUAUGUCAAUCUGGAUAUUUUGAUGAUUCAAUAAAUCAAGAUUAUUAAUAAUGCUAGAGUAAAUUUUUAGAAUGCAAUAACAAUGGAUGUUUAUCUUGUUUUGCUAAUAGGAUACUAAAUGAAGAAAUGGAUGCCAAAUUAAUUAAUCCAUUUGUCAGAUAUAAGAUCAAAUGUCAGACCCUUAUUCUGGGACAUUUUUUCCUUCAUGAAUAAGAAUUCAUAAUAUGGAAUUGGUUUUAAAGUUGGUAAUUUCUUAUCUGA